AUGGAAACCGACAGAAAUUUAAGGUCAUUCCCAAUCAAUUCUGGGUCAAAGGUCGGUGAAUCUCUGGUGAAUAGCAUUGAUGGUAGCCCUAGAGUAAGCCUUAGUGUGAAUACUUCAACAGAGGGUACAAAUCCAAUUAAGAUAGUAGAGGAAAUCUCUAUUCAAACGCAAGCACGAAUUGAAAAAAACCUCAUUGAUCAGCCCAGGUUCGUUAGAGAAAAAGCUGUCGAGUUGGUGACAGAGCAUAGCAGGUUGCAAAAACUGAUUAUUGAGAAUGAUCUUCUCAAGCACCUAUUUAAAACCAAAAUGAAAUACUCAAGUCGAAAUAAGUCUCAAAAUUGGCUUAGCAGCGUUAGUGAUGGUAGAGAAAUUUCUGGUGCCAUUGGAAAUGGAGGCAAUGGACAAGCCAGGCCCAAAUGGACAGAGAAAUCAGUUACAAGGGAUGUGUCAAUGGUGAACUCACAAGGAGCACGUAUACAACCUUCAACCUCUUCUGAUCAUUUGGGCAAUCCCAUGCUUGGUGCAAGGGUGCUCAAGGUGAGAAAUAAGGAUGCUAGAUACAAAGGGAUACAAAGUUUGACACAAAAUGCUCAACUUAUUUUAGAUGGGCAGAGUGAACAGUGA